AUGAAAUUUGCUAUAGUAGGUGCAACAGGAAACUCAGGACUAUGCACAAGCCUUCAACCCCACUUUGAGGGAUGUGAUGCGGUGUUCUCCUGCCUGGGGUCACCGUCACUCAUCAAGAGUACAACCAUCUACUCGGCUUCUAUGAGGGCCAUCAUCACGGCGAUGAGAGGUGCUAAGGUCAAGAGGAUCCUCAUGAUGUCAUCCUGGUAUAUCAAAGUUGAUCCCGAUGACGACCCUGGUUACAUGGCUCGUUGGGUCGUCCGGUCAGUGCUGAGUAAACCGUUAGCUGAUUUGACCGUCAUGGAACAGUUUCUGGAAGACGAGGGUCAGGACAUAGACUACACCACAGUCAAACCACCUAUGCUCAUUGAUGGACCCAGUAAAGGUCAAGAGAUCAUAGUCGAGAUCGGUCGUGAGUUUUGUGACACUAAGAACAAAAAGAUGUCGAGAGCAGACGUUGCUAGGUUCAUGCUAGCGAACGUCAAGACCGAAGAGCACUUCAAGAAAUCUGUGUCCAUCGGAAUCAAGAAGUAACCCAUUUCUUUGUCUUUUCUCAUUUAUUAAUCAUUCUAAAAGCGAUUCCUAAUUAUUGAUGUCAACGUUUAGCAUGUAUAGUAGACGCUUUUGUUAGGGUUUUAUGUUGGGUUUUAGGGUGGGGUAAAAUGUCUGGUCCAGGGUUGAAAUAAGGAAUCUGGUAAAUGUAAGAACAACAAGGAGAAAAUGUUAAAGUAUUUUUUUUAUUUGAGAUAAACAAAGACUUCAUUUCAUUGAUUCGUAAAAUGUUUUGUUUGACUCAAUAAAAUAGCCUAUGGAGAGCUAAAACGUUUUGUUGUUAAAAAGUGUAAUAAAUUGAAGCGGAGCAGUUUCCGCAGGGGCAAGUUUUGUACAACCGCCCCACGAUAUAUUUCAUCAUAGAUAUGAGAUGGGAGUUGCAAUGGAGUUUAAUGAUAGGUGUAAGUUGAGGGUUUGGUUUAGUGAUGUCAGGGGUUGUCAAGUAGUUUUAAUUAAAUGUAAUGUUAAUUGUUAUUGUGUUAAGUGGGGGCACGCUACAAGAGUCCUAUCUCGCACCCCAGGGCAACGUGUCUGACACGGCCGGUUGUAGCAAUUGCUCCGAAGAUCAAGAUACUAAUCUUGAUCUAAGGAGACACGAAUGAACGAACGAACGAAGUAGUUGGUAAACAACUCUUAGACCAUGAUAGCCAUACCUUUUUGUUUACUGUUGCAAUUUAAAACUGUCAUACUUUUAAAGCAUUGUUAUGUUGUCAUCUGAAAUAGGAUUAAAUGUACAUGUAGUUGUAAUAAAUUAUGUAUUGUAAAUUCAUCAAGUUUUUCAUUUGAGAAGAACUUGUGAUACAAAUUACCUGGACCAUGGUCCCAUUCUUGGCUCAAGAUUUUGUGGUGUUCAUUAAAAUAAACAAAUUGCUGGAUGUGUGAAAAGGAAAACGAAAAAAA